UCUGGCUGGCACUCUGAAUUCUGGCUUCUGGCAUCUGGCAUUGUGCUGCUGUGCUGCCAACUCGCCGCUGCAAUUGUGUCGUCCACAACGCGAAAUGUAAAGACGCGACAGAGGGCACCACCACCUCCUACUACUCCCCCAUCCAGACUUCCCAGAUGCUCGAGGCACGACUCGCCCAAGGCGCAAUCCUCAAAAAAGUCCUCGACUCAGUCAAGGAACUCGUCUCUGAUGCAAACUUUGACUGCUCAGACGCAGGCAUCUCCCUCCAGGCCAUGGACAAUUCCCAUGUCGCUCUUGUUGCAUUGACCAUGAAGGAGGAUAUGUUUGAGCCAUACAGGUGUGACCGAAACCUCGCACUCGGUGUCAACCUCAACUCCCUCUCCAAAGUCCUCAAGUGUGCCCUCAACGAGGAUGUCAUCACCCUCACUGCUGUCGAUGAGCCAGACAAGUUGACCCUUCAGUUCGAGAGCAGCAAGACGGAGCGAUUCUCCGAGUAUGAACUCAAACUCAUGGAUAUUGACCAAGAACAUCUCGGUAUUCCAGACACCGAAUACCAAUGUACCGUACAGAUGCCCUCUGCUGAAUUCGCUCGCAUCACGCGUGACUUAUCCGCCAUCUCCGAGAGUGUCAAGAUUCAAUGCAACAAGGAAGGCAUCACCUUCUCCUGCGAGGGAGACAUCGGUACAGGUUCCGUCACGGUCAAACCAAAUGGUGGUAUUGAAGAUCAAGAGGGAUCCGCAACAACCGUUGCGUUGUUGGAACCAGUGGCCUUGACCUUCUCACUCAAGUACCUCAUCAACUUCACAAAAGCAACACCACUCUGUUCGAGUGUCAAGCUAUGCAUGUCGGACGAGAUUCCAUUGCUGGUGGAGUAUCAGAUUGGUUCGGCUUCCAGCAGUCUCAAGUUCUUCUUGGCGCCGAAGCUCGGUGAUGAAGACGAUAGCUAGAGUCGUACAUAUACCAUGAAAUAGCAUGAACUGGGGUGAACGCCAAAGAAGUGCAAUCGCUAUGCAUGUCUACAGCAAGUUGUGGCCUACUUUGACUUCCACCUGCCGCC